AUGCAUUGGUUGGUGGAUGACAUGAACGCGGUGGAUAAGUCCUGUGUGAAUCUGUCUCUGGAGCCUAAUCACUUUCACGACGUGGUUAAGAGCUCCGGCGCCUCAGCGCGAGUGCACAGCAUUGAGGUGAUCCUCGGCUACACAGAGGAUCAGCCGCUCCUCACCCCAGUGCCCCCCUCCGCCCUGACCCCUCCUCACUGCCCGCAGGACACCGGCACAGCGCCUCUCAGCGACCUCCACGCACAGCCCCCGGCGCUGCUCCUCCUCCCGCAGCACCGACCGCGGAGUGACGACCCCCCGGGUUUUGGGAAGGGUGUGGAUGGUGUGAGGGAGGGAGACAGCCCGGGCAGCCAGCACACAGCCCAGGACAUGGAGGAGGAGCCGCCCAAGAAGAAACACCGCAGAAACCGCACCACCUUCACCACAUAUCAGCUGCACGAGCUGGAGAGAGCCUUCGAGAAGUCCCACUACCCCGACGUGUACAGCCGGGAGGAGCUCGCCAUGAAGGUCAACCUGCCCGAGGUGCGGGUGCAGGUGUGGUUUCAAAACCGAAGGGCAAAAUGGAGGAGACAAGAGAAGCUGGAAGCGAGCACCAUGAAACUGCAUGACUCUCCCAUGUUGUCCUUCAACCGACCUCCAAUGCCCUCCAAUAUGGGAGCCAUGAGUAAUUCUCUGCCGCUGGACCCUUGGCUGACAUCUCCGAUCUCCAGUGCAACUUCUAUCCACAGUAUUCCAGGCUUCAUGGGGCCCCCACAAGGCUUACAGGCCAGCUACCCAGGCCACACCUUCCUGAACUCCCCACCACCAAUGGCUCAAGCCAUGCAGUCCAUGGGACCCCCACCGUACCAGUGUGCAACGACUUUUGUGGACAAAUAUCCUCUGGAAGAUGUAGACCAGAGAAGCUCUAGUAUCGCUUCAUUAAGGAUGAAAGCCAAGGAACACAUUCAGUCCAUUGACAAAAGUUGGCAACCGAUCUGAUGAAGGCAACAAACAUCAGGUAGACAAUGUUCACAGCUACCUACCUCCAUCUCCACACUGACUUCAUGCAAUUACUUACCAAGAUCCACAACAACAAACACCUGG